CACAGGUAGAGCUAGGAAGACUGCAAGGAGCUGGUGCUGCACACCUGAGGCAGGCUGUCAAAGAGUCGGCCGGAGGAACCGAGCACGAGGUCCAGAUUUUGGAGACACAGGAAGGGAUGGAAGAGAAGGAGGAAAGCUGCCCCAUGGCUCAAGUGUCUCCCCAACCCAAGGCCAACUUCAGCUCACCAUCGCCGUCCAGCCCCAGGACCUCGCUGUACCCCCAACGUCACGCGGAUCCGUACGACUCCAGGAAGUAUUUUGUAACACGCCCGGGAGCCUUCGAUCAAGCCAUGGAGGACCUCAAAGCCCAUCUGGCAGCCAGCAAAGGAGAGGCGGCGCGCAGCUUCUGGCUACUCACUGAGAUCGAUCACUGGAAUGUCGAGAAGGAACGGAUCGUGAUGCUCACUGACGCUGCCCUCCUGGUGUGCAAAUAUGACUUCAUCAUGCUCAAAUGCCUGGAUCUCCAAAGGAUCCCUCUGCGCUACAUCGAGAGGAUCUCUACGGGACCCUUCGCUUUUCCAGAGAAGUCUUUGGACAGGAGGACCGGGGAAGGCCUGAGGAUCUUCUGGGACACUCAGCAAGAGCCAAACUUCCUCGCCCGCUGGAACCCCUGGUCCACCAACAUGCCGUACAUCACCUUCACGGAGCACCCGGUCAAAAAUGGCUGCCUGAGGCUUAGCCCCAUCUGUCAGGUUUCCACCUUCGAGGCUCAGCUGGUUCAAGCCGUGCAGAACGCCCAAAGAAUGGAGCCUGCGCCAGGCCAGAGUCCCCGGGUGGCUUUGGUGAGCGAGCCCAUCUGCAUUCAGACCUACACCGGGAUGAUGGCCUUUUUCGGAAACCAAAAUAAACUGGGAUAUUGCCUCGCUCGGGGCAGCAUCGGCUUCUGAUCUGGACCUUUU